UUUUUUUAUGUCAUUUCAUUUCAUUUACUUUUUUGUGUAAAAUAAAAUUGAAAAAAUCGAAUUUCAUUAAAACAAUCGAUAUCUGAGUUGUUCAUCACUUGGCAAUCGAACCGUUUGAUUUACCGCGUUUUUUAUUUCAUUGUUUUUAUUCGGCAAGAAAGAGCGAAAAAAGUUUAUUUAUUUUUUCCUUUUUUAAUUUCAAUCAAAAUGUCAAAUAUUGAUUCUAUCAAUGAUAAAACCUUUAGAAAUCUAAUCUCAAUAUUGAUAUCGAUUGUAAGGACGAAUUUGAAUGAGAAAAAUUCAAAUAUAAAUCAUCAUUUAUUAUCACACAUGUCAUUAUGGUUAUUAUCCAAUGAUUAUUGUUCGAUUAUUGGAAAAUAUCGAAAUGAUGAAAUAGAAACAUGUUUUCUACAUAUACGAUCAAUAUUUUUAAACAAUAAAAAUGAUCUAUUAUUGUUGUAUAGAUUUCGUCAAAAUCUUUAUCCAAGUUUAAUUGGCACAAAUGAAUGUUUUAAUGGAACAAAAUUCGAUAACAUUGUAUCAUGGUUACAUAGAAAAUAUAGUGAUCAUCUAAUGUUGGAAAAAAAGAUGAUUUCAUUACGAAUGAAAAAUAUCCAGAAAAUAAAUAAAAUUGAACAAAUCUAUCUCGAUUGUUUUGGUAAUAAUCGUGUACGGAAUAAUGUAUGGAUAAUAUUGCAAGAAAAAGUGAAACAAUUAGAAAUGUUGAAAAAGAAAUCUGAAAAACAUAAAGAAAUCGAAAGAUUAAAACGAUUAUUAACAAUUGGCAUUAGUAAUAAUCGUGAUGAUGAUAUUGUUGGUUCAUCAACAGCAAUCAAUCUACAUGAACAAUAUCGUAAAAUAACGAUUGAAAAUCAAUUAUGUCAAAAACAGAUCAACAUACUACGGCAAAAGAAAUCUCAUAUCGAAUCAAUGGAUUCAGCUAAAAUCGAACGUAUCAAACAAUUGAUUAAAGAUAUUCGAUUUGUUAAAGAAUUGAAUGCAACACCACCUACAGUAAAAAUAUCGCCAAUUAUUCCUAUACCAUCAUCAAAUAACAACAGUGAAGAUUCACCAUUGAAUUUUUCCAUUCAAUCAUCAUCAACAACAACAAUGGAUAAUAUAAGCCUAAGUUUUGAUGCAGAAUUGAAAUUUUGAAACCAAAAAUAGAAAAAACCUUGAAAAUCUAUUGCGUGGUCAUUAUCGAAUAUCAUUUUUUGCAAAAAAAAAUCACAUGAAAAAUAAA